UCCGCGGCAUGUGAUAGAAUGUGCGGCGUGGUGGAGCGCGGAGAUUGUGAGUGCAGUUCAGGCCGGGCCGCCAGCGGAGCCCCACUACCAGCGCACAGCUCGCCCACAACGGACCUGCGGCAAGAAGGAUUUCGCACCAGCCACCAUGAGAAUCACAGCCCUAGUCGUGCUCCUGGCGUGUGUGGCGUGCGGGGCGCAUGCGCGCGCGCAGGACGAGGACCGCACGCCCUCGCGGGGGCUGCUGAAGCGGGGGCUGCUGGCCAAGGGGAAGGCCACCACCACCACCACCACGCCCGCGCCUCAGGAGGAGGCAGAAUACGAGGACGAGGCGGAGUACCCAGCCGAAGAGUCUCCGGAGCCGUCGUCGGAGGCGCCGCCCUCGUCCACGGAGGGCAAGAAGCUGGGCGGCGUGCGUCCCUUCCGCUCCAACACCGACCUGCUGGAGACGCUGAAGAGAAGGAGGCAGCAGGCCGCUGAAGCCAAGCUGCACGGUCACAGCGCCACCACCGCCGCACCCGCGCAGUCCGACGCUCCCACCGAGGCACCAGUGAAGGCCAACUUCAGCAAGAAGCGCUUCACGUCUGGCAGCCGGGACAGCAACACCGAGGAGUCUUCGCCCGCCGGCAAGCCCAGCAGAAAUCGCUUCGGAAGACCCGCCAAGUCCAUCCAGGAAGUGGAGCCAGAAGUGGAGCAGAACGACGCCGCACCGCCAGCCAGGACCGGCAGGACAUUCUCCGGCAGACGCGGAGGAAACUAGAUCUUAGCCUACACGUGAGGGCCCACAGUCCUUUGUACCUAUGCAGUAGACCCUAGGGCAAUAAAUGAGAUGCAGCAGUUAUAGAAUUAGAUGUUAAAAGAGCGGAUGUGCAAAACGCUCGUUUAAAUGGGUUCAAAUAAUUAAAGAGAUACGACGUUCUUCGACAAUUUUUUGAUAAAUAUCUUGAAAUAUCUGUGUCGUAGAAGUUGCACGAUGCAAAAAAUUGCUUAUGGUUAUUUAUUUGGGGUUGUUUUUAGGGUACAAACGUUUAGUAUAAUUGUAAUUAUUUGAAUUCUAGGACAUAAUUUCAUUGGGAACCUGCUCAAGACUCGUACAGAAAGUACAAUGCUAAUACAUUUUAAAGAGAUCACUAAUUACGUAACCAUAAUCAUUUUUUGGUGAGUGUAUUUGUAGAUUUUAUUAAAGUAAAUAUUAGUAGUUAGCUGCAAAACAGUGAUUAUACUUGGAAGUUUAAAAAAUACCUACCUUUGCGUGUCGCGCUUUUAAGAGUUCAAUGUAUAUAAGUAACUUAUCGUCAAUUUGAAAGUAGUUACCUAUCUACUCUAUUUCAUAUUACAUUAUCGACUAUUUGACCUUCUUUAAUCAUCGUCAUCAAUAUCGUAACUACUAGCCAUUUUUAUACUUACUUGUAAAUUAUAGAGCUAAGAAAUUUAUAAAUAAAUAUUUUGUACUUUUU